AAAAAUACUGGCAGUAUUUGUACUCGAUAAUUUCAAAUUGGUUUUAGAAUUCAGCGCAGGACAUUAGUCUCAUUCAACAUGGAGGUUAAGUUGAUAAAUGGAUUUAAUUUGAAAAAAGUUUUAAUUUGUUUAAGUGGAAUAACAAUUAUAUUUUUUAUAGUCAUUCUUUCACUCAACAAUGGUGACUUUAAAGGUGGCAUCAGGGUACCCAAGCAUCAUCUGCAAGGGGCAAAAAUAGUAUUGUGGCCACCAUUCACAAAACAUUUAUAUGGAAAAACUGCUUCUAAAGUAGGCUUUGAAACAGCUACAGAACACAAAGUAGUUCAUGCUACAGCAAAAACAUUAACAUUAGAGAGGGAUUUAAAGUUGGCAGACCAAUCCUUACAUUAUAGAAAUGAUAAACUGGAGGAAACAAAAAUAUCAAACCAGAAUAACAUGAUGCAUUCAAAAGUAAUGAUUGUGGGAUAUAAACGAGGGGGUACCUCAUUUUUUGGAGAACUUCUCCACCAUUUCCCGAACACACAGUACUUGUUUGAGCCUCUAAUUGGUGUAUAUGGGCACAUGUACCUGGGGGAAGUGGUCACACCGUGGGCAAUACGCAUACAUAGCAAUGGAACAAUAAGGGCAAUACCAGAGUAUGAGGAAGCAUAUGCAAUAACCCAACUCCAUCACUUGUUCAACUGUAACUACCAGAAAAUGCACCCACAUGUUUAUACAAACAAAGGACCCUUUGUUAGCAGAGAAACUGAAUUCACGGACUGUAUGGAAGGCAAGCGGUUGGGUAGAACCAAUGACUACCAUCACAAGGAAUGCAGUCGAAAUGUGUAUCUUGACAAAUUACCAAACUACUGCAUUAAUCCUGAUAUUUUAACAAAAGAUCGGGACAAAAAUCCAGAUGGUUUGAGAUCUGAAAUAUUAACAAAAUUUAGAAAUUUUAACGACCCUAUUGGCUUCAGAAAAAAAGUAUUAAAAUGUGGAGAGAUUUUACAAAAACAAUGCCAAAGUAGCAGUACUGUUGUCAUUAAACUUAUCAGAUCAAGAAUGUCAACAGCUAUCAAGAUACUGAAGAGAGACCCUGAUAUUAAGAUUAUUCAUUACAUCCGUGACCCAAGGGGUAUACAAGAUUCACGAAGGAGAACAAUUGUAGGGUAUGCCUAUACUAGAACGAUGAAUAUCAGUGAUUCAUCUAGGCUUUUGUGUAAAAUUAUGCUGAAUGAUGCAGAGACAGUCAAAUCUCAACCAUUGCAUAUCAAAAAUAGGAUACUGCAGGUCCGAUAUGAAGAUAUACUUCUCAAUAGAAAUACUUCACUCGCUAGAAUCAGUAACUUUCUAGGAAAGGAUGACUGGUCGCCCUUGGCAACAUGGAUGGACCAAAUAGACUGUAUUACAAAUGAAUAUGGUGAGAAAGUAUGUACAAAAGGAAGUGACUCAAUGAAUAAAUGGCAUGAAAAUCUUCAAAAACAUGAUCAAACUGAAAUAGCAAAAACAUGUGCUGGAGCACUGAAAUAUUUUGGUUAUCCAAAAACAUAGGAUGUCACCCCUAAGAUAACUAGGCUACAGCAAUGCCAAAGCAUUGCAAAUCCCAUUGAACAGCCAUGGCUGGCAUUUUUACAAAGUAUAUAGCAAACAUGGCAGCCAUUUUUCAAAAUGGCCACUUUCUACCAAAAGUGUCAUUAGACAGUGUGCCAUG